GCUGUGCUCCGUCAUUUUCAGGGGUUCGACAUCAAAGGCUGUCGAUCUUUUCCUGAAAAUCAUGAAGCCGUGUGCAAUGCGGACAGGCGAGAUAGUUCGAACUUUGGUUGAUGCCGGUGCAAAGGUCUGCCCCAACGACAAGAACACCAAGUACCUGCUGAAGAACUACAAAGGGCAGGGCGGCGAAUCCCGAACUAAUGAUGACCACGCAAUUUCCGGAGCGGACAACUUGGAUAGCCCUGCCUUGGACGAGCCCCAACCGCCGUCCGUCGCGGGGCGGUUCACUGCUGGUGUUGCUACCUUGCUUGCUGCUGCGCUUGACGAGGUGGAUGAGGGGGAUGACGCUGGAGAGGGUGCAGCCACAGUCGAGGGGGGGGGGGGGGAGUGGGAUAGCAAGAAACAUUCAGACAUGUGGGGGUAUCUGUCGGAGUUCUACAAGAAGCCUGGAAGGAAUGAGAAUGACCGCAAAGAUGACAAGAUGUGGAGAACGGUUGCGACGGAUGACGAAUCGCGGUUGAACCCUGCAGACUGGUGGGCAGCACACGGCGGGGAUGUUCCAGACCUCCAAGCCAUUGCUAUUAAGGUCAUGGGCAUGUGGAGCACAACAACCCCCGCCGAGCGAAACUGGGCAUCCAUGGACUUUGUCCACUCCAAGAGAAGGAACCGUUUGUCAUCUGAGUCCCUCGAGAAGCUGGUGUAUAUCCAUUGGAACAUGCAGUUGCUGCGUGUUCCAAACAACAAGGACAGUGGGUACAUUGAUGUGUGGGGAUCUUUCUUCGAGCCUGACCAGGAGCCGGUGCCCGAUGAUGGAUCGGUGUUGUCAGGUCGUGCGGAGGAUGCUGCGGAGAAAGAGGAGGAGGAGAGGAGGCAAAGGACAUUGGCAAAGGCUCCCAGAGGUAGGAUUCCCAAAAACCUAUCGGAUUCCGACUGGAGCGACAGCAGCGACCUAGCGGAUCUCAUUUGGAAGGACAAGUGCUGGAAUGAAUCAUCUUCGGAGGAUUGCAGCGAAGAGGAGGUCGGGGACUCGGAUUUCGAGCUCGAUGCAGUACCAGCUAUCCGGGCCACCACAUAUGUGGGUAGGCGAUUGGGGCGGCGGGAAAGGGAUCUUGAGGUGGAGCCGGCACCGACUGUUGAUAGACUAGACACAGAUGUGGCGACCUUGCUGCGACCCAUGGUCGAUGCCGAUAAGGAGGAGGCUGCAAAAGCAAAGGCAAUGGCGGACAAGGAAGUUCAUCUUGUGAACAGACGCAUACGCGAGGAGGAGGCCCGCCGUGUUGUCGUCCCCACCCGUAGGGAGAGAGAGAGACAGGCCAGACAGCAAGACCAGCUCAAAGGUCAACAUAUGGAGGACGUGGAAGGUGGGGGUGGGGAGAAGACCGAGAUGCCCGUGGAAGCAGGGAACAUGAUGCAAGUAGAGGGGGAGGAAGCGGAAGGAGCAGACGAUGUGCACAUGCAGCACGAGAGGGGGGAUUUGGAGGCAGCACAAGAGACGAAUGAGCCGCACACAGAGCAGAUCGAGGAAGCAGUGGAAGUGCAACCUCCAAUUGGGGUGGUGUACAAACGCAGGCCCCGCCCACAAGCGUUGCAGGAGGUGGAAGCGGUGGAGAAGGAAACAGGCCAGCAAGCCGAGCACGCGGAGAAGCAGCAGGAGCAAGAGGCUGCAAAGGAGAUCAGCAUGUCCCCAAUGCCUGCCAUGACUGAGGCUGUCCAGCAUGACAACCUCUGGAAAAGCAGGGCAGGGAGAAAGAGGAAGGCGCGGGUGGAAACGAAACCAUCAGCACCCCGUCGUGGACGAGGGAGGCCCAAAAAAAUGAAGACUGUUGCAACAUCCCCAAAGCAAAAGGGACGCCGCCCGGGAAAGCUUCGCAAGGGGCAAAACAAGGCUCGCAAGGGUGUUGCCAUCUCUUAUGAUGACCCAGAUUCAGUUGAUGACAUCCCGCAGUCAUCGGAUGAGGGGUGCACCCCGGAUGAGUACUACGAGUCCGAUUGAGAUCAAAAGAGAGAGAGAGAGAGAGAGAGAGAGAGAGAGAGAAAGAGAGAGAGAGAGAGAGAGAGANAAAGAGAGAGAGAGAGAGAGAGAGAGAGAGAGAGAGAAAGAGAGAGAGAGAGAGAGAGAGAGAGAGAGAGAGAGAGAGAGAGAGAGAGAGAGAGAGAGACUGAAUUUUGUGGCCACGAUGAUCUGCAAGGAAACCUUUGUGCUUAUCUUUUUCUUCUUCGUCUUAUCUGCAAUAUCUUGUCC